CUCUGAGGAGCCCAAUCUUUUUUGUGGCACAACUACCAACACCUUCACCUCUUCAACAACAACGGGAAGAAAGUAUUUUUUUUUUUCCACAUUACAUUUUAUUACCUGAUUGCAUUUAUUUUGUUGAGUAGUUUUUUUAGACAAAGAACAUAACAAACGUGAAGAUGAUUGCUCUGUUUUCUGUGGCAUUGAUGGUGUUUGCAAGCAGUCUGCAUGUUGAAGCACAAGAUAGUGAAUCAAGGGUCAAGGUCUACGCCAACAGAGGUGACAAUAUAACUCUACCCUGCAGACUGGAUGGUCAAUCCACUUUAUUCGGGAACAGAAUCAAGUGGACCAAAAUUGAAGAUGACUCAACAGAAACUGACGUGCUCAUCUCCAUGGGUUUCCACAAGAAGGCCUACGGAAGUUAUCAAGACCGCGCUUACCUGUUGGAGGUGGAUGACAGUGAUGCAACACUGGUUAUUACAGACCUAGAUGUGAACGACUAUGGCACAUACCGGUGUGAGUUCAUCGAUGGGAUGAAUGACAUGACUCUUGAGGUGGAUCUUGAAGUGCAAGGGAAAGAUUCACUUUCUUUCACAGGGGUUGUUUUCCCAUACUCCCCUCGUUUGGGGCGGUACAACCUUAACUUCCAAAAUGCCGUGGCCGCAUGUCAGGAGCAGGAUGCAGUGGUCGCCUCCUUCGAGCAGCUUUAUGGGGAAUGGAAAAGUGGGCUGGAUUGGUGCAAUGCCGGCUGGCUUAGUGACGGAACUGUGCAGUAUCCCAUCACCAAACCCAGAGAGCCCUGUGGAGGUGCAAGGGCUACAGCUGGACUGAGAAAUUAUGGCCAACGGGACAAGUCCAACAGCCGCUAUGAUGUGUUCUGCUUCACUGCUGGUCUUAAAGGGCGCUUCUACUACAUGAUCCAGCCCAAGAAGCUGAACUUUGAUGAGGCCGUCGAUGCAUGCAAGGGAGAUGGAGCUGAGAUCGCAAAGGUCGGCCAUAUGUUUGCUGCCUGGAAACUGCAGGGAUAUGACCGAUGUGAUGCUGGUUGGCUUGCUGACGGUAGCGUACGUUACCCGAUCUCCAGGCCCAGGAAGAACUGCAGUCCCACGGAGGCUGCUGUUCGCUUUGUUGGCUUCCCUGACAAAAAGCAGAAGCUGUACGGUGUCUAUUGCUACAAAGCCCAGCAGUAAAGCAAUUCACAUCACAUCACCAACCAAAGAGAAGCAAUACAGCAGUUGCCACUCCAAACUUAUGAAGGACUUUUUGCAUGAACUAGCCUAACUGUGACAACCAUUAUAGUAAGGAUACUGUACAGAACAGGGGUGUCCAGUCCUGCUUCCAGAGUGCCAACGUCCUACAGGUUUUAGCUCUUACCAACUUGUCUAGAAGUUUAUAGGGCCUAAUAUCAAAUGAUACACUUGUGCACUUGCGGAUAUACAAUGCCUGUCUGGUGUACAUGUCUGUUAAGUGCAUGAGAGUGUAGUACUGGUGUGGACAAGUUCAGUCCUGAUAAUCCACAGUGCUGUAGUGAUGCUUUCCAAUCACGGCUUCAUGAAGCUUUGAAUCACUGAUUCGAAACAAAAGAUUCAUCAAUGUUUCAGAGUGCAUUUUAAAUGGGCAAGGUCUGCAGUGGAUUUAGGCAUGAGCAAUAUGGGCAACACAACACAACACCCCUCCCCUCUGUACUUUCAUCCACCACCACCCCCAUCCUCCUGCUCUUUACUUUCAUCUGCGAAAGGGCGGCAUUAACACCAUGAGGGUGGCAUGAUUGUCGUUUGCCUAGAGCACCAGUUAAGCUUGCGACGGUACGAAGCAAGGUCAUAUGAUUUCAGUAAAUGAGGCCUCAUUAUGUCAUAACGUUAUGUUUUGAAAAUGCAAUGGUUCUCCGCUUGGCAGCGAUCUGUGUAAUAUCCUAUAAUCCACAUGAAUGAUGCAGCUUCAUUCAGAUAGCCCCUCAGUGGUGAAACGCUGAACAGGUUUCAUAGUUUAUACCUGAUCUUGGAUCAGUUUUACAAGUUUGUUGAUGUUUUAAUGAGAAAAGUUAAUUGUCUUUUGUCCUCUUGUCUUGAGCCCAUUAAUAUUUAAUGAUACUACAUGAUAAGCUAUGUCCAUUUAUAGGUUACACAUUCAAUUUAAAGUUCGGAAUAUGUUUAAAAAAGGAAAUUCUAAUGCAUAUUUUGACUUCUCACAUAUUUGACUACCAGAUUUCCUUAGCAUGUGAUGUUUUGAACACUUAGGAAGAGUGAAUCAUUUAAUGGAGCAAUUGGUUCCCAGGUAGCAAAGAAUUCUGGCCCAGAUAUGGCCUAAAGCUGGCACAGCAGGCAUUCGUCUGGCACUGGCAUGCAGCAUUUGGGCCAAACAUGGCCAAGCUGAGAUGGCUGAGUCUUACAGGCGGCACUUAAGAUUGGGCCAGAUAUCAAAUGUAGUAUUUGGCCCAGAUGUUAAAAAUGUAUGUGUGGGCCACAUAAGUUUGGCCUAUCUUGACCCACUUUUAAAAUACAUUUAAUUUAUUUUUGAGUACAAAAAAAAAUCAAUCAAUCAGGUCGCUUCAAGAAAAACCACACCCAAAAAGCGAACUGCUUCAAGGGUUUAUAAAAAAACAUUGCAGUCGUGACACACAUACAUAUCCCAGUUCAGGCCUAGUUAUGAGUUAUGAACUUGGCUGAGACUUGGCCCAGAUAUGAUCCAAGUUUGCCUGUAUGGAAGCCAGGCUUGGUCCAUUCAUGUGCUAUAAUUAACUGCGGCAUGUGGGCCAAGCAAAUGCUGAUACUGUGGGCCAGAUCUAGGCCAAAGAAAUUUUGCUAUGGGGUUUAAUUGUUUUGAAGCUUUGAAAAAUUCUCCCAUCACUACAAUCCUGCCAACACAAUUUCAUGGCAAUUUGUAACUUUUUGAUUUAGUGGAGAAUUUGCAUGUACUUGUAAGAUCUCAUUUGUACAGUUUUGUGCGAUUUUCUCAUCCCCUAAUGAUGGUUGAGUUCAGGGGUGGGGUUGGGUGCCACAUCUCCUUUUUAUAAUCGUGCAUUUCUGUACGACUGAAUCAGCCACUAAAUUGACAAAACGUAAAAUACUUACAUUUCCUCGUGAUAUUAGGCUGGUCCAUCACCAGAACAAGCUAAUCAAGGUCUUAGGCAGGGAUGGGCAGUUUUGGUCCUAAAGACCCACUGUACUGCAGAGUUUUGCUUCAACACUAAUCAAACACACCCGAACAAGCGAAUACACAUACUCCAAUAUCAUUAAAAGCUACAGGCAUGUGUGUUUGAUUAGAUUUUGGAGCUAAACUCUGCAGCACAGUGGCCCUCUAAGACUGAAGUUCCCCAUCUAUGAUUUAAGGGCUACUUGAAAGCUACAGGCUGGUGAGUAUUUAUCCAGGUUGGUUAAAAGCACUGCACAACUGUGGCUCUCCAGGUAUGAACUUGCCCUCCUUUGGUGUAGGUUGUCACAUUCAUAAGUUUAGCAUUCAGGAAGAUAAUCGACUAGCUCCCACUUUGCAGUCUCUAUGCAUAGUUAUGCCGAGAACACACUUUGGUGAGCUUCAAGCCUGUGGUAAGCCUCUACCUGACAUUCAAAGUGAUAUUAUGCCGCAAAACUGCACUUAGAGGAAGACCAUGAUAGUUCUGGGUUCAGUUUGAGAUUAAGCCUAUUGUGAGUCUGAAGAUCUUGUUUUAAUAAUAGAUGGAGCUAAAUAUUGCAGGACAUUGACCCUCCAGGAAAGGCACGGGCACCCCUUGUAAACACCAUACCACAACAUUCGUAAUAUUAAUGUCAACAGUUAUUUUAUAUCAUUUACAUGUUAUAUAGGUUUGUACACCUCAUGUAUAAAAAAAACAAAGCAACAGCAGAAAAACACCACAUUUUCCUGAAAAGAUAUUCAGCUGGAAGAGUAUCUGAAAUCUCACCAUUUUGAUAGCAAUUCCUUGUAGUACAUUUAAAUGUGAGUUUGUGAAAAAUCGCAAUUGUUGCAUUGAAAUAAAGUAUUUAAGUAAUCCUAAUGGUAUAAACUUGACAGAAAGUUUUUGAAACUUGCCCAAACAGAAAAGCAAAAAAUGGACCUGACAUCUUUCUUUCCCUGAAACACCUUUGUGAAAUGCUAAUAUCCUUUUUUUCUUACUUUAAAUCUCCUUUAAAAAUCUCUUAUAAUGUUGUAUUAUCUAAUGCUCUAAACUGUGACUUUUUAUCUGUUUGAGAAAUCAAAUGAAUGUUUUUUGGACUUUAUUAUAUUAGCAAUAUGCAUAUCUAAUUUCAUUUCAGUGUUCAUUUCCCGUGGCUACUCUUUACAUUAUUAUGAUGUAUUUUCUCAACUGUCACAUGCUUUAACUGAAUCUGUUUCUUGUCCUUAAAUGAAGAACCCCUUCAUAUGUGUUUGAUUCAGCAUAGAAUAACAAGUAUUCCAUUACAGACCUUAACAGAAUUUGACCGACCGCUGUGUUAUUUGUGAUAUGCCAGAAAACUAAAUGUACACCAAGCAAAUCUUUUAGCAUCCAAUUGUAUAUUCACAACAUUUCAAGAGCAGCUUGAGCCUUAUAGAUGCUUAAAUGUAGAGAGGAAUAAGUCUGAAUUGAAUGAUAUUGUCAUGCCAGUGAGAAAAAGAGUGAGCAGCAUUAAAAGCCAUGUACAACAUCAUGCCUUAGUUGGAUUCUUGACAGGCACAGUGUGGACGAUUUCAGAUAAUGAGAUCUGUGUUUACUGAUGAACGUAUACCAUCGAUUACUUGCCACUUUGUAUUGAUAUAUGUUGUUUGUUUAUGGGAGGGUAAAAUAUUCUCUUCCUGUAAUUCAGCUUUGAACUGCAGAAGCCACAGUGCACAUAUGUGACAUUUUUUCGCUUGAUUUUGUCUUUUUUUUUUAAAUGCACAAAAUAUCAUUCUUUUUUUUUAUCUGAAUGCAGUGUUGGUUAAGGAAUGAAAUCAGAUUUUAAAUGAAAAAAUAAAAACCCAUAAAAAGUGAAA